UCUGAAGGGUCUGUGCUUGGCAAGGAGAGGGGCUGGUGCUUUCACCAUGGCCUGGGGCCCCCUGGCUCGGCUCCUGCUGGCCUGGAUGGCCCUAUUGUGCGUGGUGCAUGUCCAGGGCCGUUGGGACAGGGCCUUGGAGUCUGCGGGCCCCGGACGUGUGCGCAGGCGUGGCAGCCCAGGCAUCUUGCAGGGGCCGAAUGUGUGCGGCUCCCGUUUCCAUGCCUACUGCUGCCCUGGCUGGAGGACACUGCCAGGCGGGAACCAGUGUGUCGUCCCCGUCUGUAGGCAUGCCUGCGGCAAGGGCUUCUGCUCCCGACCCAACCUGUGUGCCUGUGCUGAUGGGAAGCUGGCCCCCAGCUGCGGGGGGAGCCGAGGGUCAGGGUGCAGCGUGAGCUGUAUGAAUGGAGGCAGCUGCCGAGGGGAGUCCUGCCUGUGUCAGAGGGGCUACACAGGCACUGUGUGUGGGCAGCCUGUCUGUGACCGUGGGUGCCACAACGGGGGCCGCUGCAUCGGGCCGAACCACUGUGCCUGUGUGUAUGGCUUCAUGGGACCUCAGUGUGAGAGAGACUACCGGACGGGCCCCUGCUUUGGCCAAGUGGGUCCUGAGGGGUGCCGGCAGCAGCUGACAGGCCUGGCGAGCACGAAGGCCCUCUGCUGUGCUACCGUGGGCCGAGCCUGGGGCAUCCCGUGCGAGCUCUGCCCCGCACAGCCACACCCCUGCCGCCGAGGCUUCAUCCCCAAUGUCCGCACAGGGGCCUGCCAAGAUGUGGAUGAGUGCCAGACUGUCCCGGGCCUGUGCCAGGGGGGCAGCUGCAUCAACACGGUGGGCUCCUUCGAGUGCCGCUGCCCCAGUGGACACCGGCCCAGUGAGAACAGUGCCAAGUGCGAAGAUGUGGACGAGUGUGUCAGCGUGCUGGGCCUCUGCUCUGGGGGCGACUGCAGCAACACGGUGGGGAGCUUCGUGUGCACCUGUCCGCGUGGGUUUGUCAGCAGCCUGGACGGCUCCCGCUGCCUCGACCACCGGGCUGGCACCUGCUUCUCUACACUGAUUGUGGGCCGCUGUGCUGGAGACCUCGCUGGCCAUUACACUCAGAGGCAGUGCUGCUGUGACCGGGGCAGGUGCUGGGCGGCUGGCCCAGCCCCUGAGCCGUGUCCUCUGCGGGGCUCUGAUGAGUUCCAGCGACUGUGUGUGCAGGGGCUCCCGCUGCUGCCCCCCUCCUACCCUGGCCCCUUCCCUGGACUCCCUGGCUUUGGGUCCAAUGGUGUGGGUCCUGGCCCUGGGCCCGCUCGGCACAGCCCCCAUGGCUCCAAUGGGCGUGGUGUUCCCAGCCUGGGCAUCGGCAAUGCCCACAUUGGCACAGCCACCUUGAACCAGACCAUCGACAUCUGCAGACACUUCACCAAUCUGUGUCUCAACGGCCGCUGCCUGCCCACCCCUUCUAGCUACCGCUGCGAGUGUAACGCGGGCUACACUCAGGACGUUCGGGGGGAGUGCAUCGACGUGGACGAAUGUGCCAGCAGUCCCUGCCACCACGGAGACUGCGUCAACACACCUGGCUCCUACCACUGCCAGUGCCACGACGGCUUCCAGGCGACGCCCGCCAAGCAGGAGUGCGUGGAUGUGGACGAGUGCCUCGUGGGCAGCAGCCUCUGCCAUCACGGCCGCUGCGCCAACACCGAGGGCAGCUUCCGGUGUGUCUGCAAUGCGGGCUUCGAGCUCGGCCCCGGCGGCAAGAACUGUGUGGAUCACAACGAGUGUGCCACCACCACCAUGUGCACCAACGGGGUGUGCAUCAACGAGGACGGCAGCUUCACGUGUCUCUGCAAAUCCGGCUUCCUGCUGGCACCCAGUGGCCGCUACUGCGUGGACAUCGAUGAGUGCCAGACUCCGGGCAUCUGCGUGAACGGCCACUGCACCAACACCGAAGGCUCCUUUCGCUGCCACUGCCUGGGGGGGCUGGCCGUGGGCGCGGACGGCCGAGUGUGCGUGGACACCCACGUGCGCAGCACCUGCUAUGGAGCCCUGGAGCUGGGCUCCUGCGCCCGCCCCUUCCCUGGCGCGGUCACCAAAUCCGAGUGCUGCUGUGCUAGCCCAGACCACGGAUUUGGGGAGCCCUGCCUGCCGUGUCCUGCCAAGAACUCUGCCGAGUUCCAGAUUCUGUGCAGCAGCGGUCUGGGCAUCACCGCGGAUGGUAGAGACAUCAACGAGUGUGCACUGGACCCCGACAUCUGCACCCACGGCCUGUGCGAGAACCUGCGCGGCACCUACCGCUGUGUGUGCAGCCCGGGCUACGAGGCGGGAGCCGGCGGCAAGGAGUGUGUGGAUGUGGACGAGUGUGCUCGCAAUAGCCUCCUGUGUGACAACGGGUGGUGCCGGAACAGCCCAGGCAGCUACAGCUGCUCCUGCCCCCAGGGCUUCAGCUUCCGGCAGGACAUGGAGACCUGCGAAGACAUCGACGAGUGCCUGUCCAACCCAUGUGUAAAUGGUGCGUGUCGGAACCUGGCCGGUUCCUACGCCUGUGAAUGCGUCCCGGGACGCAGCCGGCUGGGGCCCUCCGGCACCAUGUGCCUAGACAACAUCAAGGGCACAUGCUGGCUGAAGGUCCAGGAUGGCCGCUGUGAAGCGAACCUGCCCGGAGCCUCCCUGCGGUCCGAGUGCUGUGCCACCCUCGGGGCUGCCUGGGGGAGCCCCUGCGAACGCUGCAAGCCCGAUCCUGCCUGUGCCCGUGGCUUUGCCCGCAUGACGGGACUCACCUGUGAAGAUGUGAACGAAUGCGAGGUCUUCCCCGGGGUAUGUCCCAAUGGACGCUGCCUCAACACGGCUGGCUCCUUCCGCUGUGAGUGCCCCGAGGGCCUGACGCUGGAUGCCACGGGCCGGCUGUGCGUGGACAUGCGCCUGGAGCCGUGUUUCCUGCGUUGGGAUGAGGACGAGUGUGGGGCCGCCCUGCCCGGCAAAUACCGGAUGGACGUUUGCUGCUGCUCAGUGGGGGCCGCCUGGGGGGCCGCGUGUGAGGCGUGCCCAGAGCCCAGGUCCCCCGCAUUUGCCAGCCUGUGUCCCCGGGGGCUGGGCUUCGCCAGCCGGGACUUCCUGUCUGGCCGGCCCUUCUACAAAGAUGUGAAUGAGUGCAAGGCGUUUCCCAGCCUCUGCGUGCACGGCACCUGCCGGAACACGGUGGGCAGCUUCCGCUGCUCCUGUGCGGGGGGCUUCGCCCCGGAUACCCAGGGCAGGAACUGCACAGACAUCGACGAGUGCCACAUCUCCCCUGACCUCUGUGGCCAGGGCACCUGUGUCAACACCCCAGGCAGCUUUGAGUGCGAGUGUUUCCGUGGCUAUGAGAGCGGCUUAAUGCUGAUGAAGAACUGCGUGGACGUGGACGAGUGUGUGCGGGACCCGCUGCUGUGCCGGGGAGGUACCUGCAUCAACGUGGAGGGGAGCUACAAGUGUCAGUGCCCUCCCGGGCAUGCGCUGACGGCCAAGGACACUGCCUGUGAGGAUGUCGAUGAGUGCUCCCUGAGCGACAGCCUGUGUCCCCACGGCCACUGUGUCAACGUCAUCGGGGCCUUCCAGUGCUCCUGCCAUGCUGGCUUCCAGAGCACACCUGACCGCCAGGGCUGCAUGGACAUAAACGAAUGCCGCUCUGGGAACGGUGGGUGUGACGUACACUGCACAAAUACGGAGGGCAGCUACCGGUGCGGCUGCGGACACGGCUACUCUCUGAUGCCCAACGGGAGGGCGUGUGCAGACGUGGAUGAGUGUGCGGAGAACCCAGACAUCUGCGAUGGGGGCCAGUGUGCCAACGUGCCAGGGGGUCACCACUGCCUAUGCUAUGAUGGCUUCAUGGCCACGCCGGACUCAAGGACAUGCAUUGAUGUGAAUGAGUGUGACCUGAACCCCCACAUUUGCCUCCAUGGGGACUGUGAGAACACAAAAGGUUCCUUUGUGUGCCACUGCCAGCGGGGUUACGUCAUCAGGAAGGGGGCCACGGGCUGCUCCGACGUGGACGAGUGUGAGCUUGGGGGACACAGCUGUGACAGUCACGCUUCCUGCCUCAACGUCCCUGGGAGUUUCAGCUGCAGGUGCCAGCCAGGCUGGGUGGGGGAUGGCUUCGCAUGCCACGACCUGGAUGAGUGUGCCUUCUGGGAGCACGGGUGCAGCUUGAGAGCCGACUGUCUGAACGUUCCCGGCUCCUACCGCUGCGUCUGCCGCCAGGGCUUCAUGGGGGACGGCUUCUCCUGUGAAGACAGGGACGAAUGUGCUGAGGACGUGGACCUCUGCGAGAACGGGCAGUGCCUCAAUGCCCCCGGCGGGUACCGCUGCGAGUGUGAGAUGGGCUUCGGCCCCACGGAGGACCACCGCGCCUGCCGGGAUGUGGACGAGUGUGUUCUCGGGAACCUCUGUGUGUUCGGGAGCUGCGAGAACCUGCCCGGGAUGUUCCGCUGCGUCUGUAGUGGGGGCUACGAGCUGGACCGCGGCGGCGGCAACUGCACGGAUGUCAACGAGUGUGCAGACCCCGUGAACUGCAUCAAUGGCCUGUGUGUCAACACCCCCGGCAGCUACCUCUGCAACUGCCCCCAGGAUUUUGAGCUGAACCCCAGCGGGGUGGGCUGUGUGGACACCCGGGUCGGGAACUGUUUCCUGGACACGCAUGACCGAGGGGAUGGCGGCAUUUCCUGCACUGCUGAGAUUGGGGUUGGCGUCACCCGAGCAUCCUGCUGUUGCUCCCUGGGGCGUGCUUGGGGCAACCCCUGUGAACUGUGCCCGAUGGCCAACACCACCGAGUACAGAACCUUGUGCCCGGGUGGCGAGGGCUUCCGGCCCAACCCCAUCACUGUCAUCCUGGAAGACAUUGAUGAGUGCCAGGAGCUGCCCGGGCUGUGCCAGGGGGGCGACUGUGGCAACACUUUUGGCAGCUUCCAGUGUGCAUGCCCCCCCGGCUACCACCUCAAUGGGGACACCCGCACCUGUGAGGACAUCGACGAAUGCUCUGCACACUCGGGCAUCUGUGGCCCUGGUACCUGCUACAACACCCUGGGGAACUACACCUGUGUCUGCCCUGCAGAGUACCUGCAAGUCAACGGUGGCAACAACUGCAUGGACAUGAGGAAGAGCAUCUGCUUCCGGCACUAUAACGGCACGUGUCGGAAUGAGCUGGCCUUUAAUGUGACCCGGAAGAUGUGCUGCUGCUCGUACAACAUCGGCCAGGCCUGGAACAGACCCUGCGAGGCCUGUCCCACCCCUGCCAGCUUGGACUACCAGAUCCUGUGCGGAAACCAGGCCCCUGGCUUCGUCAUUGACAUCCACACUGGGAAGCCCCUUGACAUUGACGAGUGUGGAGAGAUCCCGGCCAUUUGUGCCAGUGGCAUCUGCAUCAACCAGAUCGGGAGCUUCCGCUGCGAGUGCCCCACGGGCUUCAGCUACAACAGCGUCCUGCUGGUCUGCGAAGACAUGAACGAGUGUGCCAGCGGGGAGAGCCCCUGCCAGCAGAAUGCCGACUGCAUCAAUAUCCCUGGCAGCUACCGCUGCGUGUGUGCCCGAGGGUACAGGCUGUCGCCCGGUGGGGCUUGCGUGGGACAGAACGAGUGUCGGGAGAUCCCAAACGUCUGUAGCCACGGCGACUGCGUGGACACAGAGGGCAGCUACACGUGCCUCUGUCACCGUGGCUUCCGGGCCUCGGCGGACCAGACCCUGUGCAUGGACGUCGACGAGUGUGACCGGCAGCCGUGCGGAAACGGGACCUGCAAGAACAUAGUCGGCUCCUACACCUGCCUCUGCUUCCCCGGCUUUGUGGCAACGCACAGCGGAGAUUGCGUGGACAUGGAUGAGUGCCGCACUCUGGCGGGGCAGGUGUGCCGAUUUGGCCAGUGCCUCAACACAGCCGGCUCCUUCCACUGCCUCUGCCAGGAUGGCUUCGAGCUCACGGCCGACGGGAAGAACUGCGUGGACACCAAUGAGUGUUUCAGCCUCACGGGAACCUGCCUGCCAGGCACUUGCCAGAACCUCGAGGGCUCCUUCCGCUGCAUCUGUCCUCCUGGCUUCCAGGUGCAGAAUGACCGCUGUGUCGACAUCGACGAGUGCCUGGAGGAGCCCAACCUCUGCCUCUUUGGCACCUGUACCAACAGCCCCGGGAGCUUUCAGUGCCUCUGCCCACCUGGCUUUGUCCUCUCAGACAAUGGGCACCGUUGCUUUGACACGCGGCAGAGUUUCUGCUUCACCCAUUUUGAGGCUGGGAAGUGCUCUGUGCCCAAAGCUUUCAACACCACCAAGACCCGGUGCUGUUGCAGCCAGAGGCCUGGCGAGGGCUGGGACGACCCCUGUGAGCUGUGUCCUCAGGAGGGCAGCGCUGCCUUUCAGGAGCUCUGCCCCUUUGGCCACGGGGCCGUCCCAGGCCCGGAUGACUCUCGGGAAGAUGUGAACGAGUGUGCGGAGAGCCCCGGCGUCUGCACCAAUGGCCUCUGUGUCAACACUGAUGGCUCGUUCCGCUGCGAAUGUCCCUUUGGCUACAGCCUGGACUUCACGGGCAUCCGCUGCGUGGACACAGAUGAGUGCUCCAUCGGGCAUCCCUGUGGCCAAGGCACCUGCACUAAUGUCAUCGGAGGCUUCGAGUGUGCCUGCGCUGAUGGCUUUGAGCCUGGCCCCAUGAUGACCUGCGAGGACAUCGACGAGUGCUCCCUGAACCCCCUGCUCUGCGCCUUCCGCUGCCGCAACACUGAGGGCUCCUACGUGUGCACCUGCCCAGCCGGCUAUGCCCUGCGAGAGGACGGGGCCAUGUGCCGAGACGUGGACGAGUGUGCGGACGGUCAGCAGGACUGCCACGAACGGGGCAUGCUGUGCAAGAAUCUCAUCGGCACCUUCGCCUGCGUCUGCCCCCCAGGCCUGCGGCCGCAGUCCAACUCCAGGGACGGCUGCACAGAUGAGGAUGAAUGUCACACCCAGCCCAGCCUGUGCGCCAACGGUCGCUGUGUCAACACUGUGGGCAGCUUCCAGUGUGACUGUGAUGAGGGCUUCCAGCUCAGCCCUGCCGGCACCGAGUGCCAGGACGUCCGGCAGGGGCCCUGCUUCUCCGAGGUGCUGCAGGCCGUGUGCCAGGCUCCAUCGAGCAGCGGGGAGGCUGUCACAAGGGCCCAGUGCUGCUGUGGGGGCGGCCGGGCCUGGGGGCCCCGCUGCGAGCUCUGUCCCCUGCCCGGCACCUCUGUCCACAGGGCCCUGUGCCCGCACGGCUCGGGCUACACCGCCGGAGGCCAAGAUGUGGACGAGUGUCGCAUGCUCGCUCCCCUGUGCCCCCACGGCGAGUGCAUCAACAGCCUUGGCUCCUUCCGCUGUCGCUGCCAGGCGGGGUACACGCUGGACGCUGCUGCCACAGCCUGCCUGGAUGUGGAUGAGUGUGCCCAGGCCCCCGCGCCGUGUGCCUUCAUCUGCAAAAACACCGAGGGCAGCUUCCUGUGCGCCUGCCCCCGAGGCUACCUGCUGGAGGAGGACGGCAGGACCUGCAGAGACCUGGACGAGUGCUCCUCCAGGCAACAUAACUGCCAGUUCUUCUGCGUCAACACCAUCGGCUCCUUCACCUGCCACUGUCCCCCCGGCUUCACCCAGCACCGCCAGGCCUGCCUUGACAAUGACGAGUGCUUGGCUCAGCCUGGCCCGUGUGGCCCUCGCGGGCGCUGCCACAACACACCAGGCAGCUUCAGCUGCGAGUGCCACCAAGGCUUCGCCCCGGACAGCUCAGGCCGUGGCUGUGAAGACGUGGACGAGUGUGACGGGCCCCAUCGCUGCCAGCACGGCUGUCAGAAUGAGCUGGGGGGCUACCGCUGUGGCUGCCCCCAGGGCUUCACCCCGCACUCCCAGUGGAGCCAGUGUGUGGACGAAAACGAGUGUGUGCUGUCACCUGCGGCCUGCGGCAGCGCCUCCUGCCACAACACGCUGGGUGGCUUCCGCUGCGUCUGCCCCUCUGGCUUUGACUUUGACCAGGCCCUGGGGGGCUGCCAGGAUGUAGACGAAUGUGCCGCACGGGGCAGCCCCUGUAGCUACGGCUGCGCCAACACCCCUGGCGGCUUCCUGUGCGGCUGCCCCCAAGGCUACUUCCGGGCUGGGCAAGGGCACUGUGUCUCUGGCUUGGGCUUCAGCCCCGGACCCCAGGAGACCUCGGACGAGGAAGAGCUGCUCUCGUCCGAAGCCUGCUAUGAAUGCAAGAUCAAUGGCCUCCCUGCUCGUGACCGGCCACGGCGCAGCACCCAUGGUGACCAGGUGAGCCUGGCCAGCCUUGACUCCGAGGCCCCGCUGACCUUGGGCCUGAACCUCUCCCGCCUGAGCCCCGCUAGGCACAUCCUGGAGCUGCGGCCAGCACUGGAGAGCCUGGGGGGACGGGUCCACUAUGUCAUCGCCCGCGGCAACGGGCCAGGUUUCUUCCGCAUGCAUCACCUCCAGGGCCUCAGCUCCCUGCAGCUGGGGCGUCGCAGGCCCGGGCCUGGAACCUACCGGCUGGAGGUGGUGAGCGUGGCAGGGCCCUGGGGCACCUGGCCGGAGGGGCAGCGGGUGCCCAGCGGCGGGGCCUUGCGGUUAAAGGUACAGCUGCAGCUGCUGUAGCUGAAAGGAGCCCGCACCCGCCGCCGGACCCAGGCCCCUCCCGCAGCCCCCUCUCUGGACCCCUGCACGGGCGCUGCCCCAUCCUUGCCUCUUCCGGCGGGAUUUUGGGGAAACUGAGGUCACUCCGCUCGCUGCACAUCUGGUAUGGAGGUGUGCCCCAGGGCCCCUACUCCUCCUCCUCUUCAGAGUGCCAGAUUCUGGAGUGGAGGGACUGAUCCCACCGGCAAUGGGAUCGCUGACCAGGUGGAACCCCAAAACUCAGGAAGAGUAACAUACGAUUCUGCGACCUCAGGCGAACCCAGCCGCUGCCCAGGGGGACCCCAACCUUCAGUCUUCCCUAGAGACUGCCGGAAGCUGCAGCAUGCACCUUCCCCCGCCAACCAGGGGCAAGGAGGGGCCUGCGAUUCCCUAAAUCUGGUCAAUCUCAGGCGUUCACUUCUGCACUGUGCGCUGUGGCUCUCCCCCAGGGGCCAGUGGGCCCCGGGAACGGGUGGCUGGGUGGGCCUGGGGCUGGACCCUCCAAGCCAAAGAGCCCGUGGGGCCCCGGCUGGGGUUGGUGACACACAGUCAUUCCCCAGGCCCCUGGUCAGGUGGGCUAGGAUGCCGAGGUGCUUUUAUAUCAGAAGCAGAGACGACAAUAAAGUUA